CGCCCCUCCCCCCACCAGCAGGUACCGUUCUCUCGAACCUUGCCCUGCCCUUUCCUCCCCGGACGCACCGCCGCUCCCCCGGGAGGAGGAGAAGACGCGCCCCCGACACUCGCUGUCUCACAGGCCUGCGCCCCAGAGGACCCGCGCCCGCAGCCCCCGCGCCUUCGCGAGGCCCCCCUGGAGCAUGCUGCCUGCAGCCAUGAAGGGCUUCAGCGUGGCGCUGCUGGCUGCCCUGCUGGGCUCCGCCCCCGCUCACGGCCUGUGGUGCCAGGACUGCACCCUGACCACCAACUCCAGCCGCUGCGCCCCGAAGCAGUGCCAGCCGUCCGACACGGUGUGCGCCAGCGUCCGCAUCGCCGACCCCAGCAGCAGCCGGAAGGACCACUCCGUGAACAGGAUGUGCGCCUCGUCCUGCGACUUCGUGAAGCGGCACUUUUUUUCAGAUUACCUGAUGGGCUUCAUUAACUCUGGGAUCUUAAAAGUGGACGUGGACUGCUGCGAGAAGGAUCUGUGCAAUGGGGCGCCCGGGGCGGGGGGUAGCCCCUGGGCCCUGGCGGGGGGCCUCCUGCUCAGCCUGGGCCCCGCCCUCCUCCGGGCUGGGCCCUGAGCUGCCCUCCCUCCGAAAGGCUUCUGAGCUGGUGCCCUGGAGCCUGCGGCUGCCUCCUCCUCCGCUCGGCCCCACCGUCUGUGGCCCUCGCCCCUCCCUGUCUCUCCACCAGCUCCGAGUCCCAGCCAGCAGGGCACCCGCCGGACAUCAGCGUCCCCUGGCUGGGCAGGACGUCUGGGGGUGAGGGCGGGGGGCUGGGACCUCCAGGUCGCUGAAAGGAAGCCGGGCUGAGCCGUGCCCAGCUCAGCAGCCAAGCUGUGA